AUGCCGGGACACAUGUUUGGCAAACGAAGCGGAAGCUUUAACAGAGAUGAAGGUGUCGUGUUGUCUGGUUAUUUAUUCAAGAGAGGAAACGUGAAUACGAGCUGGAAAAAGCGAUACUUUGAAUUAUUGAGCGAUCAUCGCUUGGUCUAUUUCAAAACCAAAGUCACAGAAAAAAAGAAACAAGACUCAACACUUGGAUGUCUCUAUCUGGAUCCAGCGAAUACCAUUGUCGAGAUUUUUCACGAGAAAGACAUUCAAGAAAGUCAUGAUCAUCAUGCUUUACAUAACUUGUCGAGUUCAAAUGGGAAUAGUAUGAUUUCAUCAAACUCGUCGUCAUCCUCUCCAACAUCCUUCUCACCAUCAUCACUCGUCAAAAACAAUAGCGCAAAAUGCACAACAGAAAUUGUCGCCUCACCUCAAAUCUAUGACAUUAAACGGAUCAAAGAGGAACAAGAGUACAUGUUAAACUCGAAAAUGAUUCAAUGCAUUUACAGAGAGAGAAAAAAGAAACAAAAUUCCUUUCGAAAAGAUCGAAAACAAUCCGUCUUUUCGAGACUUUCCAAACACAUACAAUCUCCUUUAGAACUCUUGUCUUCGAUGGACAGUUCUGCACAAGAAGUGUUGGGUGCCACCACUAUUAAGAAAUUCUCUUCUGGUUCCAUUUUGCAAUCCAAAAUUGCCAUCACUUCGACAACGACUGCUUCGUCGACUUCAAUCUAUUUUACUUUUAAAAAAGUGAAAAAGUACAAAUUUUCAAUUACUGUUGGAAAGAGUACGAGUGGAGAAAGGACACACAAGGAUCGAAAGUAUGUCUUUUAUUGUGAAUCUGAAGAAGAGAGAGAUAUGUGGAUUAAGGCAAUUAUUUCGAGUAUUGAAAAACAAGUGAAAACACAAAUUAAGAAACCUUACACCUUUGAUACAGCGCGACAGUAUUCGAAAUUCUUGAAUUUUAUUGCUGAUUCUCCACAAGAUCAUAUUAUUCAUGCAUUGAAUAGUGUAAGACAUCCAGUUCAGGAAUCGUUUUUAGUGUCAUGGAUGGUCUUGAUGGAUUGUUUUUCAUUUCAAAAGUCAUGUACUCAACUUGUCAAAGCAGCCAUCAAGGUCGAAUUGGAACUCACCAAACAUCCUGAAACUCUUUUUAGAAGAAAUUCCAUUUCCACAAAAUUGGUUCAACUCUUUUUCAAGAUUCAUGGACAAGCAUUCUUAAAAUCUACACUUCAGCCAUUGAUUGCCAAAGUGUGUGUUGCUGAUGAAUAUUUAGAAAUUGAACAGAGUCGACUUUUAAAAUUUCUAAAUAAGGAAUUGGAUGAAAUUGAACAUCCAGAGAAACCUAAUGGUGAAAUUAUUCAUCAAAUUAUAGCCUCUCGACAACAACGAAGCAAAACUCGAAUUAUUGAUCUCUCCAAGAAAUUCCUCGCCAGAAUUAUUGAAAACACGAUCGAAGAAGGUCCUUUUGAAAUUUGUGAAAUUCUUGAAUUUACUUUUGAGGAAAGCAAAAAACACUUUCCAGAAAGCACUGAGAUUGCAGUGGGUGGUCUCUUUUUCCUCAGAUUUGUCUGUCCUGCCAUUGUAGCUCCUCAUUUGCAAGGAAUUCUUUCCACACAGCCACAACCGAAUGCACAACGAACUCUUACUCUCAUUACAAAAGUCAUUCAAAAUAUUGCAAAUCAAGUGUAUGAUCAUAAUUCAAAAGAAGAAUAUAUGGGACUCUUAUCGGAAUUUGUCACCACAAAUAUCGAACCUGUUAAAGAAUUUAUUCGUGACAUUUCACAUUUGGAUCAAGAGGCUAAAAAGUUUGAAAUGAAUAAGAGAGUGACCAUGAGAUUUAGUGAUUCCAAUGACGAUUUGGAAUUAAAUUGUUAUCAUGUGAUUCAUGAAUUUUUCCAUACUAUUGAAGAAUCAAAAAAGUUCUUUACUUCAGAUUUGAAAUUGUACAAUUUUUAUAAGGAACUCUUAGAGACGUGCAAUGAAACAGUUAAAAGUGAGUUACAAGUCACGAAAAAGAAAGGAAUGGAUAUUCCACAACAGCAACAACAGAAUAAUGACACACCGAUCGUGUCACCCUCUUUGAGUUCAUCAUUACCUUCUUCUCUCAAAGAAUCGAUUAAUGGUGGUGGCGAUUACAAACCAUUUUCACUAUUAGGAGCUCUUCAAGACACUUCUCGAAAUGUCAAUUUGAACAGUUCUGUGACAAGCACAUCGACAGUCACUUCGAAAGCAUCCAUGGUUGAUCAGAAUUCAUCAUCAAACACACUCAAUGAUAAGAGAAGACCAGGUGCGACACGAAUUCCCUCUCAAGAAUCCUCUUCUUCAUCCAGCAGUACGACUACUCCAUUGUCACCUGAAAAUGAUUCCACACUUUUAAGAAAUGCAUUCCAUCACUCGAAUUCCUCGUUGUCACCUUCUCCUGGAGGAAAUCCACAAGAAAUAGUUUCUAGAAGAAGACGAAGAGGAGUUGGAAAUUCCAUAUUCACUCCUCCCACGAGUCCACAUUCGAGUGAUUCUGUUGGAAUGCCGACAAAUCCAUUUGAGAAUGUCAUGAUGGGUGAAAGUGGACAUCACACGACUGAAAAUAAUAACAAAGGGUCCAAUGUGAAUCAACAAAAGGAAUCAAGUCUCAGUAGCACCAGUACGCCUACGACGACAACGACGACCACUACUUCGAGUCAUGGUAAAACUCCAUUCCAUGUGAACUCUAAAAUAACUUCUUCGACAAAUUCUUCGAUCGACUUGACAAAUGACAGUGAAGAGGAUGAAAUUUUAAUUUUGGAACAAAUUUCAAGCAAAUCACGAUUCACUACAAAUUCACAAUUUGGUUCAGAACGUGUAGUAGUUCACGAUGUAUUUAACAGCCCAAGUGACACGAAAUCUCCAUCAUCAUUAUCGGAAGAAACUGUCGAUGAGGACAUUGAUGAAGAUGAUGAUGAAGAUCUUGAGAACGUCUAUCACUUGUUGGAAAUAUUCAGUAAGGGCAAUGAGAUGGAAGAAUCUGAAUUUAUUUCUCUUGUUUGUUCUUUCAUUGAGGAAAGCUUUAGAGAAAUUUCGAAUUAUAUCAAUUCUCAAAUUAAGCCAACAACUGUCACACUUGUCAAAACGACCUCUUCAACAACCCAAACAUUGACUGUUGACUUGACCACCAACAUUCAAAUCAAUCCUCAAUUUAAGAAACAUUUAGAACUACUCUUCAAAAACAAGUUCAUUAUUUCUAUCAUUUCACUAUUUUCCAUUCGAUUGAAGAAGGAAACUGGAGUUUGGGAAUUAAUUAUUGCACUUUCGGAAGGAACACAAGAUGAACGACUUUUAGAAAUUUGUCAAAAUGUGUGUGAUCAAGUGGAAGGACAUCCAAAAUUUUUCGAUAUGGAUCGAAAUCAACAACAGUAUAUUUGUUUUUGCUCUUUCAUGUGUCACUUAAGCAAUGCUCAAUUAUUAUUUGAAGGAAUGAUAUUUUUACUGAAUUUACCAAAUAUGGAUGAAUUAUUGAGUGACUUUUACAAUGUGGAAGAUUGUCAAGAAAUUAGUACAUUCCCACUUAUUUUUGCAAAACAAUCCUUAUUGGCCACUUUACAUGAGCUGUCACUUUUCAAAAUGUCACUUGACUACGAUUUUGAUUCUUGCAAUAUUUCAUUCAUGUAG